AUGGAGGAAGAAGCAGCAGAUGGCUACAUAGAGUCUCCUUUCUUAGAAGAGAUCGUCAUGGUGGAAGUGCCAAAGAGGUUCAGUAUGCCCAAUAUGGCCAUGUACGAUGGAACAACAGACCCUGAUGAGCACGUAUCCCUCUACAAGCAGAAGAUGAUGACUAGCUCGAUCUCCAGAGAUAUUAGAGAAGCCAUCAUGUGCAAAGGCUUUGGAGCCACAUUAUCAGGGAUGGUGAAUCUCUUCAAGAUUCAAUUAGCUAGUAGCAGGAAAAUCGAGAAGCAAUCCUCAGAUCUCUACCGUGUUGUGCAAAGACAUGGAGAAUCCUUGAGGGAUUAUCUUAACAGGUUCAACAGGGAGAAGAUCGGGAUACACAAGUGCGAUGCUCCUACAACAAUCGAUGCAUUCAAAAGGGGGUUGCUAGAUCAUAGUGAACUCUAUAAGGAAUUAACAAAGUAUCCCUGCACAACCUUUGAAGACGUACAAGCCAAAGCUAUGGCACAAGUCAGAUUUGAAGAAGAUGUGUAUGCAAAGAAGACUCCAGAGCCAGAUCGCCAGCCAAGAAGGAAUAUUGGCCAUACAACUGACGAAUGCGUCGCGCUCAGGAAGGAAGUUGCUUACCUAUUGAAGAAGGGCUACAUUAAAGAAUUCUUGUCAGUUAGGACCGGAAGGGAGAAUGAAUCCAAGCAAGGUGCCCCCCUACCUCCUCCUCCAAUCGUCAAGACCAUAUGCUUCAUAUCAGGAGGGUCAGAGGUGUGCGGCUUAACAUAUUCAGCAGUGAAGCGGCAUGCAAAAGAAAGCCAUAUGGAUCAGCCCGAUAGAAAGGCAAGGUCAAAGAUGGACAUCCUAAUCAUGUUCGAAGAAAUUGAUGUCGUAGAAGGCCAUCAUGAUGGCCUAGUUAUUUCACUCCCAGUAGGAAAUUGCAUGAUCAAGAGAAUCCUCGUUAACAACGGAAGCUCCGCGAACAGCAUUAUGAUUGAUACCUUGAAACAUAUGAACAUUGAUGAGAAGAGCAUCGUCAACAAGUCAACAAUGCUAGUAGGUUUUAGCGGAGAGACCAAGAAAACAAGCGGAGAAAUAACAUUGGCAACUUACACAAAAGGGAUUAACCUGCAAGUCAAGUUCCUAGUGAUCGACACCUUAUCGUCGUAUAAUAUGAUUCUGGGCAGACCAUGGAUACACGAAAUGAAGGCUAUCCCAUCUACUUAUCAUAAAGUCAUUAAGUUCCCUACAAGGUGGGGCAUUCAAGAAAUUAAAGGGGAUCCUAAAGAAGCCAAAGAAUGUUACAAGAUCUCCCUGAAAGCAACAUCCGUAGAGAAGAGUUCAGCAUAG